UACCGGCAGUGUCCUCCAUUUUUAUAUCAUUCAAGUCACUAAUCUUCGGUAAGUCAGCCGCUGCUGUUGUGAAAGAUUGCGCUAGUAGCCUCAUUAUAAUAAAAUAAAAACAAUAUGUUCGUAUCUACAGUUUCACGUCUCGCCCCAGUUGCCAGAAAUGCUAUGCUCACUUCAUCAAGAGCAUACUUGAGGCCAAUUAGUAGUGCAGUCAUUACACAAAGUCAAACUUUGGCUGCCCAAAACACAGCACCAGUUGCAUUACUGCCACAAAUUAGGUCAUUCCAGACCUCACCAGUCACACGUGAUAUUGAUUCCGCUGCCAAAUUCAUUGGUGCUGGAGCAGCUACAGUAGGUGUAGCCGGUUCUGGUGCUGGUAUUGGAACAGUAUUUGGCUCCUUAAUUAUUGGUUAUGCAAGGAAUCCAUCACUUAAACAACAAUUGUUUUCAUAUGCUAUCUUGGGUUUCGCUUUAUCUGAAGCUAUGGGUUUGUUCUGUCUUAUGAUGGCCUUCUUGCUGUUAUUCGCUUUUUAAAUUAUUUUGUGUCUAUUUGAAGACACCACCUAUAAAUUAACUAAUAUUGUUUUUUUAAAAAUUCCAUCAUUGUAAAAAACAAUCUUAAAUAAUUUACUUAUAUUUAAAGUUUAAGUUUAAAAAGGAAAUAUAACUAUAAAACAAAACAA